AUGAAUUAAUAGUUGGGAUCUUAUGUUAAAUUUUUUCAUAUAAUCAGAGAAUUAGGUGAUAGCAAUUAAAUAGAUGCGAAAUAGAAACAGAUACUUAAAAUAAAUUUCACUACAAAAGAAAAAAAACUUAUGAAUAUUCUAAAUGAUUUAAGUAACAAUCAACAAAAAUAAUUAGAUGAUGAAGAUGAAGAAGAAAUUAAAUAUAGUUUAUUAAACUAUCUUAAUGAAUUACCAAAAGAGAAAUAAGAAAUUCAGAGAUAAAUGAAAAGAACUAGGUCUAGCAUUACUGAUGUCGAUCUUAUUAAAGGAAUUCAUUAUGAUGAACUAAAAUAUACAGACACAGUUGCAGAAAUGGAAAAAGCAUUCAAAUUAAUUUCACACUUUCAUUCUAAAUUAAAAGAUGGAUAAACUAUUGAUCCUAAAAUUAAUGAGACUUAUGAUAAUAUUCGUAGUCUUUUUAAUUAAACUUCACCAUUAAAUAUAUCUUCUCCAAUCCUUUUGAUUAGAGGAUAAUCAUUAAAUACGGAUAUUAAUUAUCAAAUCGAAAGCGAACUUAGUGAAGCAUAUAAAUAGGUUAAAUUUUAAUUUGCAAAAUACAUGAAAAGUCAUUUAUUACUUAUGGAUGAAACUGUCUCUUAUAAUACAAUAUUUAGUUUACUUAAAGAAUUAAGCAAGAAUCUUUUAAAUUGUGAUAAUUUUAGUUUCUUUAUGUUCAACUCUAAUAAUGAAAUUGAACUUUAUUAAUCCAAAACAGAUAGUAUUGAAUAAAUUCCUAUUGAUAAAUCUAUUAAUGAUGAAUUAGAAACUUUACCUGAAAACAAAAUUUUCAGAUUCUCCUAAAAUUCAUCUAUUUGUUCCAAAUUAAUUUAAAUAAAUCAUCUUACAUCUUAUGGUUUAUAUGCAAAUAAUGUUGUCUUCAUUUAUCAUUCAAAAUAAAAUAAACAACUUGAAAAUUAAGAUAUUUUAAAGUAUCCUACUUUUAUUAAAUAGAAUUGCUAAUGAAUACUAAUUAAUAGAUGAAAUCAAGAAUCUAUCCAAAUUUCUAUUAUAAACUAUUCAAAAUGCUAAAGUCUAAUUUUUUAGUCCAUUGUCUAUUGCUGAUAUGAUCCUUGAUCUUGGAAUUUCAUUCGUUAGAGCUUCUAAAUUUGUACUCAUUGAAAAAAUGUAUAAUAUUCUCACUUAAACAUAUAAAAUUGAUAAGUAUUCUUGAUUUAAUGAUAGAUUAUAAACAGACUAAUAAGAAAUAUAAGUUUGGGAUAAUGAAAGUGUAUACAUAGUUUUUAAAGAUUAAACUGUUACAGUAUGUUUUAGAAUUUAUUAAAUGAAUCUAAUUCGAUAAUGUGAUCAAAGAUUAUAUUCAGAAAUCAAACAUUUCUAUGAAAAAUAUCUUAGAUUCAUUCGUGAAUGUUUUGAUAAAAGUGCCUUCUAUAAAUUCUUUCUUAGAUCAAAUGAUUCACUUAUUUUCGAAUUUGAUAAAAGUGGUCAUUUAUUAUUCCUUUCAAGACCUAUACCAUAAUAAAUUAAAACUAAUUUCAAUAUCUAAUUUAAUUCGCUUAUGAUUCAUUCUAAUCUAUUAUCAUAUAAUAAGAUAUUUGAUCAAAGUGUUGUAUCUAAUAUUGAAAAUUAUCUCUAAGAUCAUAAAUGGAAAAUGAUGAAAGACAAUGAUAAACAAUAUGAGAUAUUUCUUAAAAUUGAAGAAAAAACCUAUAAAGGAUUUGCAGUAAUCUUUACAGAAAGUAUUAAAGGAUGGGUUAAAGAACAAUUCAAAUAAUUAGAAUCAGAUAAAAAAAUAGAUUCAAAAAUUAAAGCUAAAAUUAGAAAAUAAUUAAUUCAACAUGAAACAAUCAAUUUUGUAAAUAAAUUAGAAGAAAAUAAUCCAGAAGUAAAAGAUUCAGUUGCUUCUUUAUAUAUGCCAUUAUAAUAAUUGAUUCUUAAAAGAUCUAAAUCAAUUAGGGAUAUUCAAAAUGCUUAAAUUGUACCCAGAAAUAGAAAAACAGAAAUGCCAUAGAAAUCAAAAUUUUAAUCAAUUUAAGAAUUAGAUUUAAAUGAAUUUUCUUUAAAUAAUUAAGAUGAUUUGAUUGAUACCUUUGAUUUCAAUAUAAUGGACUUAACAUCUUAAAUAUAAAAACAUAGAGUAGUUUGGGCUAUAUUAAAAAAGAAUGGUCAUUUAGAUGAUUAUCAAAUUCCAUAUGAGAAUUUGUAAAGUUUUAUAAAAGAAAUGGAAUAUAAUUAUAAUAUAAACAAUAAUCCAUAUCAUAAUUAUGAUCAUGGAAUUACAGUAAUGUAAACUGCUCAUUAUUUUUGUAUGGAACUUUCCUAAACAUCAUAAACUAAUAUUAUAGAUAAUUUUAAUAGAUUUAUAUUAAUGAUAAGUAGUUUUGGACAUGAUGUAGGACACACUGGCAAAACAAAUGUUUUUGAAAUAAAUAGUUUAAGUGAUUUAGCAAUAAGAUAUCAUGAUAAAAGUGUACUUGAAUAACAUCAUGCUGCGUUAACAAUUUAAGUACUUAAAAAUACUUAAAGUAAUAUACUUGUUAAUCUCAAUUAAUAAUAAUUUAGAAAUUUUAGAAAAGGUCUUAUAUCAAAUAUAUUAAGUACUGAUAUGUCUGAACAUUUUACAUUAUUAAAGGAUUUUGAAAAUCGACCUAAAGAUUUUAAUGAUUGUAAAAUUUUAAGUGGUUAUAUUAUGCAUGCAAGUGAUUUUGGAGGAGCAGGUAAAAAAACUAAUUUAUCUAUUUUAUGGUCAGCAAGAGUUAAUCAAGAAUUUAGCAUUCAAUAUAAACUUGAAGGAGAAUUAGGAUACCCUUAAUAAACUUACAUGAAAGAUUUACAUAUUGUAAUUUAUCUUAUAUAUAUACAUAUAGCCACAUAUUAUGGCCAAAUCAGAAAUAGGUUUUCUCAAAGUCAUUGUUAGACCUUGUUAUGCACUAUUAAGUGAAUUUAUGGAAGAUAAACUCAAACAUUGCAUUAGUAAUAUUGAUGAUACCAUUUAAUAUUGGGAAAAAAUUGUCAAAAAAGGCGAAGAAUAAUCAUUAUGA